CUUGUCUAAGAAAUUUAAAAGCUAUUGCUGUCUCCAGCCACGAUACCUAACUUUAAUCACUUCACAAGUAACGAUCGUGUAUUCAUCUCUUAGUGUUCAAUCACUAUCGUACUUAACCCCGCCUAAUCGGUACCCUCCAGUCUCUAAUCCAAUCACUUUGCGCACCAUUAACGAACUUAGCCAACAUGCCGACGACACAACCCCCAAAGGUUAUUUUCGGAAGCAAUCCCUUCUUUGGAGGCGAUCGCGAUACCCACGAGAAAUGGCUUGAUUUUCUUCAGGAAAAUGGCAUUGAGACCAUCGACACGGCUCAAGUUUACGCCGAGUCAGAAGUGAAUCUCGGCAAUAUCAAUGCACCAUCGCGUUUUACCGUAGAUACAAAGGCUGCAGCUGGCUUCGGCAAACCUGCCACCAAGGAUGUUAUUCUAAAGUCAGGCCAUGAGAGUCUGAAGAAGCUCAACACUCAAAGCGUUGAUAUCUACUACCUGCAUACCCCUGAUCGCCGGGUGUCGCUCGAGGAAACACUCGAGGGCGUCAACGAGCUAUACAAGGAAGGCGCAUUCAAACGUUUCGGCAUCUCCAAUUUCCUGGCCCAUGAGAUUGAAGAGGUCGUUCGCAUUACCAAGGAGCGCGGCUGGGUCCGCCCAUCCGUCUACCAGGGCAACUAUUCGGCAAUAGCCCGUCGUACCGAGACAGAGAUCCUACCUGUCCUCCGCAAGCACCGGAUCAUAUUCUACGCAUAUAGCCCGAUCGCUGGCGGUUUCCUUGCCAAGACCAAGGAGACUUUGACCUCCACCCAGCGCUGGGAUCCCGAGUCGGCCCUCGGCAAACUCUAUAUCGCGUUGUAUCAUAGGCCCAGCUACCUUAAAGCUCUGAACACCUGGGGCCAGAUCGCCAAGGAUGAGAGGAUUUCGCAGAGUGAGCUGGCAUACCGCUGGGCUGUCCACAACUCGAGUCUGCGAGGAGAUUUGGGUGACGCCAUCAUUAUCGGUGCGUCGAAGAUUGAUCAUUUCCGAGAAACCCUCAAUUGGAUCAAGAAAGGGCCAUUAAGCAGUGAUACAGCCAAGAGAAUUGACGAGAUCUGGGAGUCCAUCAAAGACGAAGCCCCAUUGAACAAUGCGGGCGAUCUUUGAAUUCAUAAUGGAUCAUGUCGGCCUUCGGAACGUCUGUACGGUCGGGCCGUCGUCGCAUUGAAGGGACUUCGACAUCUAGACAGCACAAUACUUAGUGACUUGCCAAAGAGCAUUACAUGCAUUAAUUGAUUAAUCGCCCAAUAA